UGCACCGACGUCAGUAUCCCCGCAGCUUUCGCGUCGUUCGUUCGUUCACGCGCUGCAUCCGUGUCAACGUUGUCGUCGUCGUCGUUCGCUCGUCACGUGCGUAUUUAUUUCCCGUUAAAAUGUAUUCCGUCUCCACCGGAAUCCCCACGUCCGCCGUUCUAUUCUUAUUGCAAUAAGAUUAUCAUCGUGAUAUCUCUCGACUUUCGAUAUACAAUUACGCAUUCGCGUUGAUUGAUUGGCUUUCAGUAUAUAUAUAUAUAUAUAUUUUCUCGUGUUCUAACCGUUCUUUAAACAUGUUUCGCGCGUUGACCGACCGCAGUAGUAUUUUGUUGUGAUGUUUAUGACCGUGGUUGGGUGAUAAAAAUGGCAGCAGCCGUAAUGUACCGCGGUAUCAAUACGACGAUGCUGUUGUUGCUGUUGCUGAUGUUUCAACGGACUGCCGUCGCUGAUAACUUAGCGUUAUUGACCGGUACGCUCAGAACGUACCACAGGGUGGGCUGCGAAACUCAGUCCUUGGCACUCACGUGCCCGGCUGGAACGAUCAUUUCGGUGCAGACGGCUCAGUACACGCCCGGUUCGUUGGCUUCGCCCUGUUCCGAUACCAGACUGGCUGCUAAUCUCAACAACAGCUGCAGUUGGCCUCAGGCGUUGCAGUAUUCACUGCUACAGUCUGUGGUGGAGGCGUGUCAGAAAAAACAGCAAUGCCGGGUUCAGCCAUCAGUGGGCAAAUACGAUCCUUGUCCAGGCCACCCAAAGUUCAUUCAAGUCGAUUAUAAAUGUCGACCAUUCGAGUUUCGGAGCAAAGUGGCGUGCGAGGACGAAGUGGUCAACCUGCAGUGCAACCCAAACUCCCGGCUGGCCGUAUUCUCGGCUAGCUACGGCCGCACCGAGUACGAGAGCAUACAGUGUCCGCAGCCACAGGGCGUGCCCGAAGAAACAUGCCUGGUGAGUUACGCGACGGAGACCGUAAUGACCGUGUGCCAUGGCAAAAGAAAUUGUAGGCUGGUAGCGGACGCGGCAACAUUCGGCAACCCUUGUAAGCCCGCUUCCAGGAUGUACUUGAAAGUCGUCUACAACUGCGUACCCAGGAGAGUGUUAAAAGAACAAUUUGAAGAGCCAGCUCAUUCCGACGAACCGACUGUAAUGGAGCUGGACUACUUUGACAACCCCGGCGUGGCCCCGGUUCAGCCAUUCGAAUCCUUAUCCCCACCAGCAAACGACCCCAGGACCAGGUAUAACGAGUCGGGUACCAAUCCCAUCGGACAAGGCAAUUCAUCAAGCUCGUCACUAGGUACGAUAUUCCGGAAUAUGUAUCAGCAAUCUACGUCGAAUCCGAUACCAAAAAUUACCUCAAUCAAGACGACUGAUCCGAGUAACGUUUUAGCGAACCUGAUUACUUUCAGUUACGUAUCUUACAAAAUGAUGCAUAAAAAACGGGAUAAAUUUUACUUAUACUUGGGCGGUGGAUUGAUUGGCGGCCUGUUGUCCAUACUUUGUGUUGUGGCAGCAAAAUUCGUCUGGCAGCGAUCCAGGAGACAUUUGGACAACAAACACAAACCCGAAAACACCAACCACGACAUGUCAAUCGACCCGAACGCAUUUGGUGAUAACAUUAGCGAAGUGGAUGCCGACAUUGAUCUAACGGAUAUAACACAAUUCCCUAUCACCAUUAUACCAACACAACAGUUAUCACCAAGUGAAGUGGUGAGAUAUGGGAACGAAGGUAUUGCGCCUAAAAGUCUAUGUAGAAAUGACAGCUCACAAUACUUUUACGGAUGACAGAAUGGCGGCAAGGCGACGGUCAGCCGACUGCCUUGCUCAUCUCAAACGCCAGCAAAUCCUGCCGCAUCAAGAAUGUAUUGCUUCUAACGGACGGGGUUAUUGCUUGUCCAGGAAUGAGCUUAGCAAAACCAAACUUAAAAGACUUUCGAAUUUAUUUUAGUCUAUAAUUACAUUUUAUUUGACAUUCAUUUCAAUGUACAUAUAAAUAUUAUUACAUGUAUCAGUCUAAUCGUGUUAUGUAAUUUUAAGUGUACCUAUUAUGAUUAAUUUACCGACAGCUGAACAACCGUAUGAUUUAUUGUUUUUCGGAUAACUUGCGGAUUUUAACUUAAUAAUUAUUAUUGGAUUGUACGAGUUUUAAUGUUGUGAAAAAUACUGUACAAAUUAUAAGAGAGGUUAUUAUAAUGUUCUUGAACGGACAAAUCUUCAUUGCCUUGUUAACUAUUAUCGUUGAGUUAUGCACAUAAAAAUAAAUUUAAAUGUCGAAUAGAAUUUCAACCUAGUGUGUUCGAAUUAAAAAUGAAAAUGACCCCGUUAAUGUUGGUAGUAAAUUAUAACAAUAAUUUAGGCUAACUACGUAAAAAUACGUAAUAAAAAAAAAAUUAAAUAAACGUAUAGUUAGAAGUUUUAGUUUCGAUUGUUAAAAACGAGUUCUAUGACAUGUAGUUUUCGAUUUGUAUAGAAGCUCAAACAUAUACCAUAGGUAGGCACAAUCUAAUAUUUCGAUAAAUAUAUGUACCACAUAGGCCUAUUAUUUUAAUAAUAUUAUUUUUCGUAAACGUUUAGCAUAUUAUGUUAAACGUUUACGAAAAAUAUUAUCCCAUACAAAUGUUCGUUUUCACGCAUGUUUAUAUUUCUACAAAAUAUGUUCAAUACGCGACACCGACGUGAUUAUUUAUUAAUUUAUAAAAAAAAAAAAA